ACACUGGUUCUUUGAUAAUACCCGGAGAUAUGUGAAAUUUCUCUUAAUUCGAUAAUCAGUUAUUAUCACCAAUUAUCAAUGUUAAUUUGUUGACAUUACCAAUCAAUACUAUCAUGUUGGAAUUUCGUGAUAGAUAAACUGGAGCAAUGUCUGAUAAUGGGGCUUUUUAUUUAAUCAGUCUAGAUUAGACUAUCAAGAUCAUUUAGUUAACAUCUGAGAAUGAAAUUGAGUUCAAUUGGAAUUUAAAUCUGUUAUAAAAACUUACGAUCUAAAAUGUUGUCAUCAAAAAAUUUAUUAUCAAAUAUUGGAUCUCCAGUUUUAAGUCGCAAACUCUCGUUAUUAAAAACUCAAGGAUUCAUUAAUGGAAAAUGGGUCACUUCUCAAGGAGGUACCAAAUUCGAAAUUUUAAAUCCAUCAAAUCAGUCUGUGAUUGCUUCAGUCCCCGACAUGAAUGCUCAGGAUACCAAGCUAGCUAUCGACGCAGCCACAGAAGCAUUCAAAAGCUUCCGUAACACUACUGCUAAAUAUCGUGCCAACUUGCUACGAACCUGGUACAAUUUGAUGGUUGAACACUCAGAAGAAUUAGCUAAAAUAUUAACCCAAGAAAAUGGUAAAUCUCUAGCUGAAUCACGUGCUGAAAUAGCUUACGGCAAUUCAUUCGUCGAGUGGUUUUCCGAAGAAUCGCGUCGUAUUAAUGGUGAAAUUCUGCCACCGACAACAGACAAUCGUAAACUGAUGAUUCUCAAACAACCUGCAGGUGUAGCAGCACUUAUUACACCAUGGAAUUUUCCACAUGCAAUGAUUACACGAAAAGCUGGCGCUGCAAUAGCUGCUGGUUGCACGUGCGUAAUAAAACCCUCAGAAGAUACCCCAUUAACGGCGCUGGCGCUUGCCCAAUUGGCUGAAGAGGCAGGAUUUCCUUCAGGUGUUAUCAAUGUUAUCACGACGAAUACGAAUAAUUCACCGAGUGUUGGUAAAACUAUUUGUGAUGACGAACGUGUCCGAGUUGUCUCAUUUACCGGAUCUACUCAAGUCGGUAAAAUUUUGUAUCGACAGUGUGCCGAUAACGUUAAAAAGGUUUGCUUGGAGUUAGGUGGUAAUGCACCGUUUAUUGUUUUUGAAUCAGCGAAUGUUGAGCUGGCGGUCUCAGGUGCCAUGGUUUGCAAAUUUCGUAAUACAGGUCAAACUUGCGUAUCUGCAAAUCGAUUUUACGUACAUAAAAAUGUCUUCCAUGAAUUUACCAGUAAGUUUUUAGAGCAUAUGCAACGUGAUAUAGUAUUAGGUGACGGUAUGAAACCGGGUGUUACUCAUGGUCCGCUUAUUAAAAAGAGUCAGAUUGAUAUGAUUGAUAAUUUGGUACGUGAUGCCGUAAACAAGGGGGCAAAACUUCACUGCGGUGGUAAACGAUUAACAAAUUUAGGGGAGCUUUUUUAUUCUCCUACGUUGUUAACUGGUGUCAAUGAGAAUAUGGAAAUUUUUAAAAAAGAAAUUUUUGGACCGAUUGCUGUGAUUCAUGAAUUUGAAAACGAAGAUCAGGUAUUAGAAAACGCUAACAAUAUUAAUGUGGGGUUGGCGGGAUACUUUUAUUCGGAAAAUUUAUCACAGAUUUUUAGAGUUGCGAGAAAAAUGGAGGUGGGUAUGAUUGGAGUUAAUGAAGGAUUAAUUUCGUGUGCCGAAGCGGCGUUUGGUGGAGUCAAAGAGUCGGGAUUGGGUAGAGAGGGUUCUAAACAUGGAGUUGAUGAUUUUUUGGAUAUCAAGUAUCUAUGUCUGGGUAAUAUCAAAUAUUAGAAAUUUUUUGAUAAGAAUUUAUUUAAAAGUUGACUUUCAAGGAUAUUGAGAAAUUUUCCCAUUGUUAUAAGCUUAUUAACUCUUAAAAGACUACUCAUUACAGAAAUACACAACUUGAAAGGAUUUUGUGUAACGGAAACAAAAUCGUAUUUUUCUCCUAUGAGAAAAAAAAAUGAAAAAAAUAGAAGCAAAAGUCUUGAAAAACACGUAUUAUUAAAGAAUAAAAUAUACGAUAUUUUCAAGACCAUCACAAGUUUUUGCAUAAAUCCUCAUUUAACUAUAACUUAUUAUAUAUAUUUUAAUAUAUUAUAUAAUAUUUU